AUGACAACUUUACCGCAACCUGGCCACGGGCCUGUCCAGACAAGUGCAGUUGUGGUACUCGGGGCUUCCUCAUGCCCUGCCAUGCCUCCUCCCUCUCCUCCUACCCCGUCUUCAUCGCCGCCGGUGGAUGCUUUUUGUGAACCCAUUGACCCAUUGGCUUUGGACCGAGAGCUUCGAGGGGAGUUUCAGACUAAGGACCAGCGUCUUCAGGAUGGGCUCCAUGUGCUCAACACAGAAGCAGUAGCUCUAAGGAACCUUUCACGGCUUUAUGAAACAGAUCCUGUAGCCCGCGAUGGCUUCAGUCAGACAGUACAGGCUAUCACACGACAGCAGUCAACAAAUGGAAAAGUUGUUGUCAUUGGUGUGGGCAAAUCUGGACACAUCGGACAGAAGCUUGUGGCCACUUUCAAGAGUCUUGCCAUUCACGCUGUUUUUCUUCAUCCAACAGAAGCCUUGCAUGGUGAUCUAGGUAUUGUUGGGCACAACGACACGCUCAUGUUCAUUACAUAUUCCGGCAAGACUCAGGAGCUUCUACUCAUGCUACCUCAUCUUGAUGAGUCUCUGCCAACUAUACUUCUCACAUCACACACAACACCUGACACCUGCGAAUUCUUCAAGCACCGACCUAACACAAUCCUGCUUCCUGCACCAAUUCCAGAGCCUGAGAAGACUUCGUUUGGUGUAUCCGCUCCUACUACAUCGACAACUGUUGCGCUGGCCAUCGGCGAUGCAAUUGCAAUUACGGCUGCAAAAGAGAUGAACGCAAACAUUGCAUCUCUUUUUGCAAAGAAUCAUCCCGGUGGUGCUAUUGGCGCUGCAGCUCGACAACCUCAGACCAUCGGGGAAAUUGCCAUCAGCUGGUGCGAUAUUCCACCCGCGGCGGAGACAGUGGAAUCCAGUUUGGGCUUCGACUUGCUACGUGCAGGCCUUGACUCUUCGACAGGCUGGGUCAGGGUACAGGAUCAUGUUGCCUCACCCAGCACGAUACGUGGAAUUGGAAGACAUGAUUUGAAUAAAAGCUUAAAAGACAUCCCAAGCUCUCUCGUGUCCAAGAGCAGCAUGAUAUCACUCUCUUCGGACACUGCGAUUCGUCAAGCACAAAUCAUCUUGAACAACAUACAGUCGUCCUUGGAUGAUGAGGAUCUGGUAUGCACUCGUGAGUCUGUCGUGGCUGUAUUAGAAAGGGGGAAUCUGGUAGGCGUUUUGGAAGCUGGCAGCAUUUUGGAUUUUAAAACUGAGGCACCUGUGUCGAGAUGA